AUGUCAGUGGCUGUAGCCAUGAGGAUUUACCUGGCACAUUCAUCACCACCAUUAAGGAAUUUCUUGAGCUCCUAUGAAAUCAGGGAGAGAAGACUUGCAAAUACAGUAAAGCCACUAAGACCGUGUAUCAGCUCAAAAGGAGAACCAGAAUCUGAUGGUGCUGAAUGGGAAAGUUCAAAAUGCAAAAACAAGAAAAAAGUUGUUUUUGCAGAUUCAAAAGGAUUAUCCCUAACAGCCAUCCAUGUGUUUUCUGAAUUUGAAGAAAACUCUGAGCUUGAUCUCCAGUUUGCUAUUGCUGACCUCACAGCUGGCCUGAAAUUACAUGAUGAAAGGAACUUGAUGCUUGGGUUUUCUCAGCCUUCGGCAGAUUAUUUGGAGUUCAGAAAUCGUCUUCAGAGGAUUUUUGUUUGA